AUGGAUCGUCACCAGAGGAGGAAGCUAACUUUCCUCUCCAUCGGACUGAUCUUCAUGCUGAGCGGCAUCGAGUACGCUGUCAUUCUACCCACAAUAUGGCGCUACCUUCAGAUUUUGGAGGCCCCUCCCUACUUCCUUGGACUUGGCCUGUCUGCUUUCAGCCUCAGCGCGCUGAUCACAGGCCCAAUAUUUGGGUGCUGGUCCGACCGCAGUAAAACUACCAAGCAUAUUGUCCUUUUCUCCAAUCUUUUUGAGAUCGCAGGAAACCUGAUGUACUUUAUCGGUUACUCAAAGUGGCUGCUGCUGUUCAGUCGUCUAGUAGCAGGUAUCGGUGCGGGGGCCGGGUCGUCCAUCUUUGGCUUCCUGACUCGCAGCACCCGUCCCCAGGAGCGGGCCGGCAUCUUCGCCGCCAUCAUGGCUGGGCGACAAGUCGGGCUGCUCAUCGGCCCGGCGUUCAACCUCUUCCUGCGGCUGUGUGAUUUCAAAGUGGGGCCAUUUGUGGUGAACAAGUACACCUCUCCUGGGCUCUUUAUGUGCCUGCUGUGGACUCUGCUGCAGUUUGUGGUCCUGGCCCUGCACUGGGACGUCCCACCGCUCAGCUCUGAAGAAGAGCUGACCGCGAUGGUGGAGCUGAAGCAGAGCGCCGAGGACGAGGCAGCGCUCCUCAUCCAGAGCGAGGAGAUCCUUAGCCAAACCUACAGCUCCGUCAACCAGCUGGAGUCCUCGUCUGAGUUGGAACAGGCUCCUGAACCCUCCGCCGCCCAGAACCCCUUCAAGAACUUCAGCGCCAGCAGAGAGUUCCUCAGAGAAGAGGUGGUGGUUCUCCUCACUGCUCAGUUCAUCACUCUCUUCAAUCAGACGGCACUGGAGACCAUGGUGACUCCCCUGACGCAGCGCUACUUCAACUUGGAAGAGCUGGGCAACAGCCUGAUGUACAGCUUGUGUGGAGUGGAGGUCAUCCUGGGCUUCUUCUUUGUGCGCUGGCUGAGCAGGAGAGUGUCGGACCGCGCCAUGCUGGCCGUGGGCCUGGUCAUCUGCUGCACCGCCUGUAUCUGGUGUCUCAUCUUCCUGUGUAACCUCCGAGGUGCGUACGCGUGGGAACUCACCGCCUUCAUCGUCGGCGUCUUCUUGCAGCUGCUCGGUCUUCCCUUCGUGGCCGUGUCUCAGGUGUCUCUCUUCUCCAAAGUCACAGCCGAGAAAACACAAGGAUUCAGCCAAGGAGUCCGGCGCUCGGUGGGGGGUCUGGCCACCAUCCUGGGCCCUUUAUGGGCUGGAGGGUUGACGGAUCAUUUAUACGUUAUGCUGGGGAUGAUGCUGGCGCUGCUUCUGAUGAUCACAGUUAUGACUGCACUUUCUUACGAGCGACUGACUGAGCCCAGAGUCGUGCAGAGUCCAGAGAGCUGUGACAGUGGAGGAUAGAGCUGCAGUCUCUCUGCAGAGCUGGAGAGGUGAGAGACAGGCGAGGGCCUGCCUUCACUUGGGAGAGGAUCAAUAUGCCUUUACUGCAGAGGAGGGCGCGGGGCGGUGGAGGAACAUACUGAUGCUGUAGCGCUGGAAACAAAAACAACUGUCUUUUCUGCACCUUUUCAUAGAACAAUCCCUCAACAUCAAUAUCACUCAACACAAGGGGGCAGUAUUGUUCUCGGAGAGAUCAUCCAGCACUCAAAUUGAAGAUGAAAGUUCAUAUUUUAAAACUAUUUUUACACCCAAAUACUGAUGCCUUGAUAUGACAAUAAGAACCCACAUGUGACCAAAAAGAAAAAAAAAAUCAUUUCAUGUUCGCAGCCUCUCUUCCUUAAAACUUCUGAAAGAGAUGACAGGAUGAGUGUUGAAGUGAAGUUGUCAAACAGUCGUCAGCCUGAGCAGAGAUGAUGGGAGAGGA